GACCAGAUCAUUGUUUGUAAAGAUCUAGGGUUGAGAUAAUUAUGUAAUGUGCUUCUAUGAGAUUUCACAAACCAAUAAUAAUAUUUCAUUGUUAGUCCGUACAACAAGUGGAUCCUUGGCGCAAUGGUAGCGCGUCUGACUCCAGAUCAGAAGGUUGCGUGUUCGAUUCACGUAGGGUUCAAUUCCCUUUUUAUCUUACCAAUCCAAACUUCACCUCUACCCCAAAAGAAUCACGUUAUUACAAAGAGCUCCACAUUUUGCAGAUUUAGUCAUUUACAUUAAAAUUCCGUCAAUGCAGCCCAGCCCAAAUAUUUCACUUUGAUCCCCUAUCUUUCCAAAUUUUCUCUCUCCUUAGUCCUCUCUCCCUCCCUUUCAUCAACCACUCGCUAUCUCCAGAGCCGCAGCCUACGAGGUUUUUGCAGAGACUUGCAGAUAGAAAAUGGCGCUGCACCAAAUCACAGCCCUCAAUUCUUCCCCAUUCGCCCUUCAUUUUGCUCCAAUUCGCAGUCCGGAGAUUCAAUCCCAGCGGCGGCCGCCGCAGCUCCGGUUCGGCGUCGUCGCCUGCGUCUCGACGGCGAAAACCAAACCGCCCCGUAGGAAACCUUCGCCAGACGCCGAGAAAGCGGAGGCCGAGGAGCUGGUUCGCGUCAUUGUGAGGAGCUUCACCGAGAAGGAGCCUCUCUCAAAGACGCUGAACAAGUACGUAAGGCUCGUAAGGACUCAACACUGCUUCAUGCUGUUCGAGGAGCUCGGGAGGAAGGGGAAAUGGCUCCAAUGUCUCGAGGUGUUCAGGUGGAUGCAGAAACAGAUGUGGUAUGUAGCCGAUAAUGGUGUCUACUCCAAGCUGAUAUCUGUCAUGGGGAAGCACGGCCAAAUCAGGAUGGCAAUGUGGCUCUUCUCAGAGAUGCGCAACAGCGGAUGUCGCCCCGAUACUUCAGUCUACAAUUCACUGAUAUCAGCUCACCUCCAUUCCAGGGACAAAGCGAAAGCUUUGGCAAAGGCACUCGGCUACUUCGAGAGGAUGAAAGGCUUGGAGAGGUGCCAGCCGAAUGUAGUUACCUACAACAUCCUCUUGCGAGCGUGUGCUCAAGCUCGAGAGGUGGAUCAAGUCAAUGCAUUGUUGAAAGAGCUUGAGAGCAGCAAUGUGUCGCCUGAUGUUUAUACGUAUAAUGGCGUUAUGGAUGCAUACGGAAAGAACGGGAUGAUUUCUGAGAUGGAAUCUUUGCUUGCGUUGAUGAAGAGCGAUCGGUGUAAACCCGACAUUAUAACCUUCAAUCUUCUGAUAGAUUCAUAUGGCAGGAAGCAGCAGUUUGCUAAGAUGGAGCAGGUUUUCAAGAGCUUGUUGAGUCAUCCCAAGGAGAAACCGACUCUCCCCACUUUCAACUCGAUGAUCACGAGCUAUGGGAAAGCGAGGCAGAGGGAAAGAGCAGAAUCUGUGUUCGAGAAGAUGACUGUUGAGAUGAAGUACACGCCUAGCUUCAUCACCUUUGAGAGUAUGAUCACUAUGUACGGGUUUUGUGAUUGCAUGUCUUAUGCUCGGGAGAUAUUCGAUUCGAUGGUUGGGUCAGGGAAGGAGAUUAGGGUGUCAACGUUGAAUGCAAUGCUCAGUGUUUACUGCAUGAAUAAGUUGCACAGUGAAGCACAGUUGCUUCUCGAGAAUGUCGGCGGGCUUGGGGUGAGACCGGAUUCUUCAACGUAUAAGCUUCUUUAUAAGGCAUACACUAAAGCUAAUCAGAAAGAGCUGGUGGAGAGAUUGCUGAAGAGAAUGGAGAGAGAUGGUGUUGUCCCAAAUAAGAAGUUUUUCCUGGAUGCUUUGGGAAGUUCCAAGUCUUCGGCAGAAGGUUCAGAGUCUAAUAGGAGAUCGACAAAUUCGCAGAAUGCUACAAAGAGUCUGAAGACAGCAGCAAGCCCCUACUUUAGCAAGCUUGCUUCAAGUCCAAGCAAAGCCAUUCACCCACGAAAGGAGGACAAGAAAGAGAUCAAAGAUAUUGAUAUUGUGGUUUAGGUGAUGGAUGCCAAACUGCUAUGCUAGAGUAACUAGUCAAGCUAGGUUUUGCUUGCUUCAGCAGGUAUCAACUCUUGGAUUCAAGACCAAAGCGUUGCUGCUAUAACUUGUACCGGUUAGGCUCGCUGAUUAAGAGCAGGCAGGCUGACGACAAAACUUGAGCUCUUCACUCCACGUUUAUCGAGUGAUGGCUUUGUGGCAGCUCGUGAGCUUUUGUUAUUUUAUAGAGCGGUGAAGUAGGUUCUUUUGUUGUAGUCGAGCAAAUUGCAAUUCUGUACAUACGAUGUAGAACUUGCAUAAUGAGUGCAACUUGCUUAAUACAAGUUCAUUAGUCCGAAAGAAAGGACUGCAAGAGGUCGUUGGCAAGAACACCUGCAUCGUAGGUUAACUUCCUAUGAACUAUUCAGACUUUCAGCACUGUGUUUUGAGUCAAGAAAACAGAGAACCAGGUUGUGAAGUCAAUAAUAUAAGGGUUUUCCUUUCAUCAGUACAACUCUUUGUAGACCCAUCGAUGAUUCAAAGUUUCAAACUGAACUCCCCAGUUUCAAGCAUAUCAUUUAGCAAGGCCAAAUGCCUGAAAGUUUGGUGUUCAAAGGGUUGUUAAGAGAAGGGAAGUGUUGGAGGUGGCUGAAUGUGAUGAUUUCGUUGUAAGCCAGACAUUAGGACCUUGAUUCUUCUUAACUUAAUCGACAAGAAGCAGCAGUUUGAUAAAAAUCAUGAACGACCUACACAGUUGAGCAUAAUUGCUUCUCCAGACUUGUGAGAAAGAUUCAGUGUCGAAUAGGAGACCACGGAAUUUGCAGAAUGUUGUGAAGAGUCUUAAGACAGCAGCCUCAUACUGUUUAGCAAGCUUGCUUUAAGCGAUAGAAAGAGAUCAAUUUACAGCAAGAAGUUGAUAUUGUGGACUAGGAUACAAUAGGUCUUUUUCCCAAUGUUAUUGAUAUGCUAGAAUCACGCUGUCAAGUUCAGGUGUUAAUAGCUUGAGAAGUUACCAACAUCAACAUUCAAAACCAAGAGAAAAUGCAGUUACACAGGUGAAGCUGGCUGAUGAAGAAGCAGGAUAAACUUGAGAUCCUUCGCGUUAACAGAGAUAAACAGAUUGAUGGCUCGAGCUUCCUUGGCGUUAUAGAGUGAUGAAGUAGAUUUUUUUUGUUGUAGUAGGAGAGAUUAAUUGUAAUUUCUGUACAUAUAGUCUAGAAACUUGAGAUUGCACAGCAUUCUUAGCUCCAAACAUCGAAAUACACUUGCAGUAGUAGUUCAGUCCUCUUCAGAUUCUGCAAUCAGAGAUCCAGACAUCAAGACGAAGAAAGAGGGGUUUUAUGAACUAUUAAAAUAGAAGAAGCUGGAAGCCAAUGGUAUGUGAUGCUAUGCAAUCCACCACUGUAAGACAAAGACCUUAAUUCUGUUCAAUGCCCUAAGGCCACUUGUUUAAUAAGCACAGGUUAGUUAGCUUAGUUGAAGGGGUUAUUGUUUGAGUAACUUGGAUACCUCGUAUUGCUUCCAUGUUGUCUUCUUUGUAGACCCCAAGGGGCGAGCCACGAACCGAGAGAAGCAUUUCACCAUGCUUAGGCAGUCUUAAGGUUUUGGGUGUCAUCCCCACAGAGAGUCUCUGACUGGUAGCCUGUAGCAAUUACAGAUGUUCCUUUGAACUUCAAGAAGGCUUGAAAUCAAUUAACACACAUGGC